CAGCUGUUUAUCAUUUAAUGGUUUAAAACGCAGUCCGAGUCCGUAAGUUUGUAUCAAAAAUUAUCUAUUUAGUGGUUCACUUUAGCAGAAAGCAAAAAGUAGUGAAAGAACGUAAAUCUGUGGUAUAGGAUACAUAGUAGAGAUAUUUUAAAGUUUUCUAAAUUGUAAAAUAGAAGUGUAAUUUUGUUAAUUUUUAAAUAUACACAAGGAAUCUAAAUUGUAUCCAUUACAUUGCCUCACAGUGAGAAAUGGAAGAGGAAGAUAAGAAAUUAAACUUCUUUGGCCGAGACUUGUCCAAGAUCCCAUGUUUCCGCAGUAGUUGGUUGUAUGGCAUUUCCGGGGGCAUUGGCACAGGCCUCCUGUACUUCCUGUUUACUAGCAAACCGAGAAUCGCAUCUCACGUGGGUUUCUCUGCAAUGGUUGGCAUCACUAUGUCAUAUUGGUUUGUCUGCCGGUAUGAAUGGUCUCGCAGGGUCCUGGAGCUCCAGAAGAUGCAGGAUUAUGUGGAAAAGAGGGUGCUGAUUGAUGGGACUGAAAUGGAAAAGUUGUAUGAAGCAGAGGUAGCCAACGUUGGUCACUCCACCCAGAAGAACGUAUAAAUAAGUUCUCUGAAAGUCGUCACAUCUAGUAUUUCAAUAGAUUUAUAGUGUAUAGAUCUUACGGAUUGCAAUUUGUGAUAUUCCAGAUAAUUAUUGAUUGCAAGAAGGAUUUCCCUACAAAAUAUGUAGUUUGGACUACUUGGUAAAAAGUUGAAAAAUGAUAAUUUUACAAUAUUUCACAAGCUUUGAACAAAAAAUAAAGUGUAAAAUCUAGUGCUUUUAUUUUCAAAAUUACUCUGUAAUAAACAUAAUUAUUUACCAAAAAUGCAUUAACUUCUCAAGUUUGUGUUUGAUAUUUAACUACUGAAUGGGAAAUAAAAUGUGUUAAAUGAUACACAUUUGACUUUUGUCAGUUAAUAUGUUAAUUUGCUUUAUAAUAUUUAAAUCUAGUCCAAACUACAGUAUAAUUUUAGUUAAAUUUCUCUUAUCAUAUCAAGCAAAAAGUGCAUUAUUAAUCAAAUUUUAAUAAAUUUUGUAAAACACAUUUUAAUCAAAUUUUAUGAAUAUGAUCUUUAUAAAAUAUCAAACAUAAGUCAUUCAGAGUUAGUUGCAGUACGGGUAUCUUCAAAUAUUUAUUUUGGAGUUAAUUUAGGGACAUAUACUUUUUUAUAAUAAUGGUUGUGCUAAUUGUUUUUUUCUGCAUGAAAAAAGACUAUCAAUAAUAAGGAUGUAUGGUACGUUGUGAUAGGGUGGAAAUUCUACCACGUUUUAAGAAAAAUAACCCUGUAAAAGAUGUGCAAAUUAUAUAAAAACUAACUAAAGUCUUUUUUGAAUGUUUUAAUAUCUUUCAAGUUUUUGUAACAAAAUACAAAUUUAAGUCAAAACCUUUGUUCAAUUUCAUAUAAAAAAAUUACAGUUGUGUUAGCUGAGACAUACUGAUAUCAGAAGAAUUCCAUUUGUUUUGCAGGGCCUAGUUGAGUUUAGGUUGUAUGCUAUUAAAGUUUACUACUUGUGAGAAGUUACCAUUAAAGUUGACAUAUUGAUUGUUUGAUAUCUAGAUCUAGAUCAUUCCAAAAAUAUUAGAAAUAGAAAAUUCUUCAUUUCAAACCAGAAAUGAAUUGAUGACUGAUGCAGAAUUAAUAACAAUAUACUUUUCGUAUAAAUCAUUGGUCUACAAAUAGCUGAAAGACAACUUAUAAAAAAGCCUUGUAAUCUACAUAACAUUCAUUGUUCAUCAGUAAGUAGUUUAUGUAGACUGAUUAAUCUUUACUUAUGUAAGUGUUACUUGUAUAUCAACUAAACUACUGACAAUACUUUGGAUGGAAGUUUUUAUAAAAAGUAAUAUAUCCCUUUCUUAUUCCGCAUCAGUUGUUGUAAAAUACUCAUGUAUUCUUAAAGGAAAGUAAGUUUUAUAAAUAAGUAGGAAUAACCCUCCUCCAACCAUUGUUGGUGUCUACUUCAAUUUAAUUAUUCAUAUUCUUAGAAUUUAAAGAUAUUUGUGAAAGAUAAUUUCAAAAUACAGUACUUUAUUUACAAAGUCUAGUAAUUAUAUUUUGUGUGUGCUGUUUCAAAUCUUCUGUAUUUUUAUGUUCAUACUUACACUGCCACUGCCCGAUACCAAGAUCUCAUUGGAACAGUUUGAAUCUCCUUCAUUCCCAAACACGAAAUUCAAAGAGUUGAUGAAGUAAAUAUUGGAAUAAUAAUAAUAAUAAAAUACUUUUUAAAUAUAUUAAAUAAUAUUAUUAUAAUUAAAUAUAUUUUAAUUCUGUAUUUUAAUUGUUAUUUGAAUUGUAAGUAUGAUGUAAUAAAUUUUAUAUCACUUGGAGAUGGUAAAUAUUGAUAAAAAUAUAUAUUUUAAAUAAUUACAUUAACAUUUUCAUGGAAAAAAAUAAUAGCCAAAAAGUAUGUGUUUGAACUAAAGUAGAUAUAACAGUGUUACUCCAAAAUGAUUGAUAUGUAAUCAUGUACAGCUUGUGGUGCAAUUUUUCCUAACCUUUUAAAUAACUAUUGCUUAUAUUGUAGUUGGAAAGUUCUAUACUUAUAAGAAGCUUGUGAAGGUCAUACAGUUGUAGUGGGUUGACCAAUUCAUUAUUAGUUAGUAAACAUUGAAUAUGAUGAGAACUGAUAAUGUUUACUAAAGUAGAUGUGUAUAUUAAAAUAUAGUUGUCAGUAACACC